AUGUUGACCAAGCUAGACCGAGAGUUCAUUUGGGGUCGAACGUUCAUGAUUCUUGGCUGGAAUCUAAUGAGUCGCUCCAAUCCAAGACAUGUGUAUUGCAAUCCUACCAAACCGGAAAUAUGCCCGUUCUUGGCUUUAGGUCAGUAUCUGUGUUGCCUCACGGAGAAGUAUGUGAUUACUGAAGAUGCAGAGAUUUAUUGGUUGAUCUAUGUAGCGGAUCAUACUUCAGAGGUGAAAGGUGAAUGGAGAACCGUGACUCAGUCUGAAAUGAUGAAACAGGAUCACACAGUAUUCGUAAAGGAAGCGCGACAUACUGUGCCGCCAGAACCACCGCUGGUCCGUCCGUUGGUGCGAUCAGUGUAA